AUGACAUCCGAUAAAUUCGUCGACCCUCAAAUGAUAAAUCAAUUAGAGCAAGAAGCAAAUGCGAUAACCAAAGAUUUAGAUUGUAUGUUGAAAAAAUUGAAAACGAAAAUGUUCGAGGCUUCAACUAUAACUCGAGAAUCUUUUGAUGUAUACGAUCAGACAGUUACAAACUAUUGUGCAGCUAUUGAGGAAACUUCAAAUAAGACUUGUGCAUUAAUUAAUAUGUGUGAAACAUUUGAUAAGGAAUUUUCAAAUGUUUAUGCUUUGGCCAAGAAUAUUAAAAACAUUAGAAAACAAUUGGACGCAUUGCAAUAUUCAAUAAAGUGA